AUGGUCUAUCAGUUUGGAGAUCCCAAUUUAUGUUGGCAAGUCUGGAAAUCACUAUUAUUAGAUGCACUUAAUAGACAUGCCCCUCUGCGCCACAAGCGAAUAAGGAAUAACCUUGUCCCAUGGAUUAAUCCUCAAAUUAAAGAACUUAUGAGAAAAAGGGACUAUCACAAAAAAAAGGCCAUAAAAUAUGAUUCGGAGUCACAGUGGGAAUUGUAUAAAACACUACGUAAUGAAGUAAAUAUAAACAUGCGGAAAGCAAAAUCUAAGUACUUUUGUGAUAAAAUCCAGGCAAGCUCUCAAAUGGGAGACAGUAAAAGUGGAUGGGCUUGGAUAAAUUCGCUCUUAGGAAGAAAGCAUAAGAAUGCAAAUAUUAAUAAACUGAAAGUAAAUGAUGAUAUUAUUUCUGAUGAUAAAUCUAUUACUGAAACAUUAAAUGAAUAUUUUAUAAAUAUUGGAAUGAAGAUGGCUGCUGAAUCAGCAUGUCAAAACACUGAUGCUUUAAAUGAUCAAGUAAUUUAUGAAAGUACUGUGCUUCUUCCUAAAGAAAAUUUUCACUUCGCAGAUAUUACUAUAGAUAGUGUUUCCAAGCGCCUACAAAAACUAAAUGUCUCAAAAGCGACAG